AUGGAGCACAGCAAGGUGAAGCCGGCAGGCGGGGGUGGCUGGCAGGAGGGGGAGGAUUCGGCCGAGUUCGUGCGGUUCUUCCCAGCCUUCAUGUGGGGCAUUCGGGAUUUCACACUACAGCUGGAGCUGGACGGGCGGGAGAUCACUGAGGACGAGUACCUGGAGAACGCCCUGAAACUAAAGACAGACAGCAGCCAGCGAACCCAGCGCUACAACCUGCCCCGUGAGUGCAUCCGCCCAUUCUUCCCGGCCCGGAAAUGCUUUGUCUUUGUCCCACCAGCUCGCGGGAGGGACCUGUCCCAGCUGGAGGAGCUGCAGGUCGAGCUGGAGCCCAGGUUCUGGGAGCAUGUGACCCAGUUCUGCCGCCACAUCUGGGAGACGUCACAGCCCAAGACCAUCCCGGGCGGCCACGUGGUGACCAGGGCCAAGCUGGGGAACCUGGCGGUGACCUAUGUGGACACCAUCCGCAGUGGGGCGGUGCCCUGCCUGGAGAGCGCGGUGCUGGCCCUGGCGCAGAUCAAGAACUCGGCAGCGGUGGGGGAGGCCGUGGCUGCCUACGAGGAGCAGCUGGGGCGGUGGGUGGUGCUGCCCACGGAGAGCGUGCAGGAGCUGCUGGAGCUGCAUGCCCAGUGCGAGCAGGAGGCGCUGUGGGCAUUCAUGGCGCAUGCCUUCAAGGAUGAUGACUGCCGCUUCCAAGGGAGCUCCUGGCAGUGCCGCCUGGAGAAGCAGAAGCAGGAGCUCUGUCGCCGGAACGAACUGGCGUCUUCAGACCACUGCACGGCCACCCUGCUGGAGCUGUGGGAUGAGCUGGAUAACCGGAUCGGCCAGGGGGUCUAUUCAGUGCCUGGGAGCUACCAGCGCUUCCUGGAUGACCGGCAGCACAUGGUGGAGAAAUACUGGCAGGUGCCGGGGAAAGGAGUAAAGGCCGACAUGGUGCUGCAGGAGUUCCGCCAGUGCAAGGAGGUCGCAGUCCAGUCCAUCUUGCAGAUGGACGAGGCCCUGACGGAGAAGGAGGAGGCGGUGGCAGCCCAGCGUGCCCAGGCUGAGGCGGCCGAGCAGGAGUGGCAGGUCCGGCAGCAGCAGGAGGCUGAGCUGCAGCAGAAGCUGAAGGCCCAGGAACGCAGCUACCAGGAGAACCUGCAGCAGCUGGAGGAGAAGCUGCAGGACAAGAGGAAGAAGCUGCUGGAGGAGCAGCACAAGAUGCUGGAUCAGAAACUCCAGGAGCUAAAGGAGCUGAAGAGGGAGGGGCUCCGGGAGAAGGCUGGAUGCAUGGAGAAUGAGAUCCAGCGCCUGCAGCAGCAGAUCAAGGAGAUCCGGAACCGGUCACGGAUCGAACCAGCACUGGUGAAGCUGAUCGAGGUGGCCCUCCCCCAUGUUACCCGGCUUCAUCAGCCAGGCCACCGAGGUUGUCAUCAACUUUGUCCGGAGCCUGUUCCAAUGGAGCCCCCAGCCACCCACUCACAUCUCUACCCCAGCCCCCUAUUCAUGUGUGGAACCCCCCUGUAA